CUCUGGCAAUGCCUCGACGAGAGCUUCACCGUCAUUUGCAUGUAGAAUAAGCUAUUGAAGGAAUGUGUUUAUAAAGCCUUGGGCAGUAUCAAGAAUUCGUGCUUGGGAUUAAACACCAAACCAGCACCACCUUCUUCUGUACAAGAGCAACAAAACCCGUCUUCCAAACUACCCGCCCAUAAACCACACAAUGAAGCUCCUCCUCGUCUCCCUCCUCGCGGCCUACGUCGCGGCCGAGGCCAACACCACCGUGGCGGCAGACGGCGCACAAGAGGAACGAUCGUCGGGCGCCUGCUACCCCAACGUCUGCGGAUGGCAAGCCGUCAACGGCGUCUUGACACAGGGCGACCUCGCCAUGAAGGUCUGCGGCCGGUCCGACACGUGCGGCGGCCAGGAGUGGAACUACCUGUACCACUACGGCCUCAGCGACCUCUACCCCGUGCGCUUCUGCGACAAGGGUUGCUACAAAUGCAGAGGCGUGUGCGGGGACAACGAGGGAUGCUGUCAUUGAUCGGCUGGGUGUUUUGCUUUGGAAAAAUCUGGGCUGCGAAGAGUGUAUGAUUGUUGGCCAUGGUGGAACGGGGUAGGGGUUUACUUUUGAGGCUUUUCGGUGUUUGUACAAAGCAAAGGGCCAUCUUUCAAACGGUACAACCAUCUUUCUUCCCUUGUUAUUCCUAGUCUGCUGCAUCUUAGAACCUGCUCUCCCUUUUGAACUAGCAUGUUGAACUGGAGGAAAUUUGGUGUCGAAUUCGGAAUUUAUUUCCUGUAGGGGUAAGACGGAAAGUCUUCGCGCCAAGAUGAUAUUUAAGCAGCCCAAAAAGCUACA